UACAAGGUUUAUAGAUAUUACCUAUAGUUACUUUCAAUCGCGAUGUUUGUAUUAUCUAUGAUAGAUAUCGAGAUAGAUCAUAGAGUAAUACUUUAUGAGAUAAGAUAAACAAUCUCGGUACCCAAAGAAUUAAUAUUUAAAUCCACUAAUUUAAUAAAAGUAAUUCUUUAUUAUCCAUGAAUAUAGGUGCGUAAUAAUUUGUCAAUCUUUAUAUUCUGUGUAUUACUUAAAACGCAUUAUGUUUAUUUUCAACGCCAAUAUAAAUUCAAUUAUCAAGAAAACAAACAUUUCAAUUUCUAUCAAUAUUUUCAGGUAUGAUAAUAAUUUCAAUACUAAGUUCUUUUUUAAAUUUUAAGGUAAGUACAUUUAUAUUUGGUGUAAGUAUCCACAUUGAAAUAUAUAACAAAUAAAGUUUGUUUUAUACAUAUAAUAUUUUAAACAGUUAAUAAUAAACAACAAUUUUUAAACAAAUAAGUACAUUGUAGGUUUUAGAUUGUUUAAAAUAUCCAUAUUUAAUUCCUACCUCGGUUCUAUCUAUAAUUGUAAUUUUUAGACCAGUCAAUACAUAAUUGGUUUACAUAUUGCUUUUUUAUGGUGUAAAAAAAACAUCAUAUUCAUAAAUCAAUUUUUUUUUCAGAACAUGUAAUUAAAUAAAAUAUGUUUUUUUUAGAUCUAUAACACAAAAUCAUGUCAAAGAAACAGUAAAUUCUCAGGAAGUAGAACACCAUUCUAAUAUGAAAGAAUUCUGGUGGAAAAGUAAUGGGCCAUUAAAUGCAUUACAUUCCUUAAAUCCAUUAAGGUAAAUUUAACAUAUAACAGCGAAGACUGUUUAAUUUAUUGAACUAUUAAAGGAGAAAAUAAUAAUUUUGUUUUAAGAUUUUAUAUUAUAUUAUAUGAUUUGACAUAUGCAAAAGGGACUUUAGUAGAUUUUUGGCUUAAACGGUGGAUUUUGAGUUUUGGGAGGUAUUUACAUUGUUUUGUUCAAGAACAAAUCUUAUGAGUUAUAUAAUUUUGAUACUUUUGAUGCUAGAAAGUGGUUUUUUGUUUUGAAAAACUUGGAAAGUUUUUUUUAAAAUUUUUCUCAAAAUGAAAUUUGCAUGAUUAGAGUCCUUUUUUUAUGAAUCAAUAUAUAUAUAUAUUCGGUGGUUUCAUCUGUAUUUAUUAUAUUAUUUAGUAAUUGUUGUUAGUGCUGUUAUUUAAAAGAUGCUCUAGUAGAAACUAUCUUGAAAUAUACACUCACAUAUUGAAAGACAAAACAAAAUCUUAGGUAUUUUCAUGGACUUAAGCAAAGCUUUUGAUAUUAUCUCUCAUAUUCAUCUAUUAAAUAUUUUAAAAUCAAUAGAUAUUGUCAAUAGAUUAUUUAAUCUACUUAAAUCAUAUUUAAAACAGAACACAAGUCAAAAUCUUAAAUACUUAAAGUGAUGAAUUAGAAAUUAAUAAUGGUUUACCUCUAGGUACUGUACUAUCUCCUAUUCUAAAUAUUAUACACCUCUUUAUGUCAGCUGUUGAUUGGUUUCUAUUCGCAAUUAAGCUUCCCAGAUAGCAAAACUUAUUAACUUGCUGGAUAGGGUUGUUUCUUAGAAUAAUAAGUACUAUCUCAUCAUUGUUGAACUUAUAACAACAUUGUUUUUGUCUUUUUUUCAUUCAAUCUUUAGUUGAUACUUAUCAAAUACAAAUAAUAACUACAUUUUAUAAUUUUACUUUUGUGUAUUAAAUGCUUACGGUUAUGUUGAUUCAAUAAUAAAAAGUUCUAUGUAUGUAAAAUAACGUACACAUUAUAUUUUUUGAUAUGUAAAAAAAAAAGUUAGUAACCUUGUUAAGUAGUACAUGAAAAAUUUUGAAAUGUGUAAAUGGUAUACGGUUAUAAAAAGGUUGAAAGCAAUAAAAGAAAAAAAUUAAUUUUUGAAAAGCCAAAUAUACUUCAUAUCUAGGCCAUUGUAGUAUAUUACAAGUUUGAAGGGUAUAGGUUAUAGGAUAUUCAAAUUUAUAUAUUGAUAGUAAUGACAAAUUGUUACAGUUGUAGACAAUACUAAGAAGAGUAUAUAGUAUUAAACGGGGGUUUUUUGUUAGUUUUCUUGUUUAGAUCAUUUUUUUAAUUAAAGUAACAUUGGUCCAAAAAUCUUUAUCUUUUAAUGUAUGAAUGGAAUAAUAUGAAAUAUUAUUAUUUUCUAAAAAAUAGAAAAAAAAAUCUUGAUAAAAUUGAAUAGCUUUUUUCUAUACUCAAAAUCUAAAUUACAAUAAAAUAAACUACUUAGUCAUAUUUUGAAAUAUGCUAUACAAUUUCCAGUGCAAUCCAAAUGUUUUAUUGAUACUGAUAUUACCUAAUUAAUAUAAGUAUUGCAAAUAAUAUAUGUACCUUUCUAUCUUAUAAUAUUAUUUAAUUAAAAUAUUUUAUUUUGUUUAUAUCUAUAGAGUUUCAUUUAUAAUAAAUGGUUUGGUAAAUAUGAAAAAAAUAGAGACUGAAAAUAUUGGCACACGUCAAAGUUUAAAAAAUAUUAAAAUUCUAGAUGUUGGGUGUGGUGGUGGACUUUUAACAGAGGUAUGGUUUAAAUAUUAAAAAAAACUGUAUUAAUGAUUUGUAUCUAUGUUUAGGCAUUAGCUCGGCUAGAUAGUAAUGUGACUGGAAUAGAUCCAAGUAAAGAUCUUAUAUCAAUUGCUAUUGAUCAUUCUGUGAUCCUUAGAAAUAAAAAAAUAAAGUAAUAUACACAUAGAUAUAGAUAUACAGGUAUUUAUAAAUACAUUUUUCAAAUUCUUAUUUGUUUUUUAAGAUAUAUUAAUGAAUCUAUUGAAGAACAUGUGAAAUUAAAUGCAGAGACAUAUGAUGCAAUUGUUACUUCAGAAGUUUUAGAGCACGUAUCUAACAAAUACAGUUUUUUAACCAGUUGUGCUGAAUGUUUAAAGGUAAUUGUUGUUUCUUUAUAUUACAUUACUAAGUUUAGCCUCCAAUUAUAGGUGUAUUCUCUUUAGCUGUUUAAGCGCUUACCAGUGCUACCGUACCGUUCAGUUGGGCACACGAGCACUAUAAUAAUAUAGGAUUACUACUAUUUUUAUCGUUAGAUUUCCUAAACUAGGCAUCCUUUAUGUAUUUUUGUAUUUUUUAUGUACAAUUUUGUGUAUCUAUAGCUAUUGCUUUAUUAUGUUAUAAUAUGUGUUUGGGGCUAUUGCACUAGAUUUUGUGAAAGACACAAAUGUGUGUCUUUCUAAGGUCUUGUUAGAUCCUCAUUAAGCAGCGCCUCUUAAAUUAAAUAGUAUACAUACAAUCUCUUGUUCUUAUAUAUGGUUAUACUUGACUUAAUUUUAUAAUGAAAACUAGACACCCGGCUGUACGAGUCUCAGUAAAUAAAAGUCACUAUUAUUGUAUUAAAUGUUCCUUUUAUUUACUCCUAACCUCUGUCAAAAUCCUUGUUGAAGAGUCUUCAACUUUUCGGUGUCUUCGUUAAUUUAUGUAUAGUACUUGUAAGAUCCCGGGUCUCUACAGCAUAAGUUUAUAACUAUGAAAUUAUUAAAUCUGAGUGCUAUGUUAUCCAAUCUGCACUCACAAUUAGAAUAGGUUGUACAGCGAAAGGGGAAAUGAUAUGAAUGGUGAAAUUAUUUGAAUGAAAUUGUAUUUUUCAAGAAAAAAUAUCUUUGGAAUGUAAAUUUCGAAAAAAACAUAAUAAUCUAGAAAAUAAUAAUUUGUUUCUAAACUAUUUUUGUUACUCACCUCAUAAUGUAGAGGUUUUACAAAUAUAUAAUUUUUUAUCAGUAAUUUACCUAAUGUAAUUUUUUAUCAAAAUUUUAAAAUGAUCUUGGAAAACACUCAAAUGAAGGUUUCCAAAGUCCUAUAGAUGUAGCGAUUAGUAGCAAGUUAAACUGGAACCAUUGGUUUUACUAAAAUACCCAAUUUUUACAUUCAGAGUUUUUACCUUCUGCAUUUUUACUUUUCAUUACUUUACUUUCUAGACUUUUACUACUCUCAUAGCAAAGAUGUUUAAAAAAAAAAAAAUUGAUUAUCAUUAUUAUCUCCGGAGAUAUUCAAGGGGUAUAUCUUUAUGGGACAGCCUGUUUAUAACCAUGAUGUAACAUAUUUUACCAAGUUACACAGUGUGUCCCACAGAUUUUUAUAUCUAUUUAUUCUGUUGUUAUUUAAUUUUAAAAAAAAUAUUUUUUUUGUCAAUCAGAUUUUUUUUGAAGGUAUAUACAUUUAAAAACAAAAUUAAAUUUGUAUUUUCACCCCUUAGUCAAUAGAAAAGAUAACUUUAUUUGUUCAAUUUUCAAAAUAUUUGAUUUGUAGUAUAUCUAUUACAAAUUAUUCUAAAUAUUUUAAUCCAUCAUACAUACAUAUUCAAAGAAUAAUUUAUAAGUCAUAGCCUUUUUAGUUUUUAAAGUAGUGUGAAUCAAUUAUAUUUAAUGGACUAACACUAUGCGAUAGUGAAUCAUUAUCUUAAUAAAACUAUCAACUGAUAAAUAUUUUUAGAAUGAGCAUUUUUAAAGAUUUUUGUGUUGUUUAUAGACAUUUAACAUAUUUGAGUUUUACAUUUUUAGUUUGAUCAAACAGAAAUGCUUGACAAUUCAACACGGAUUUAUUAUAAUAAGUUGUACUUAGUAGAAAAAAAAACAUAAAUUAAAUAACUUUUUAGCAGCUUUUUUAAAAAUAUUUUGUUAGUUUUAGUUUAAUAAUCAAACUUUGUAGUCAUAAAUUAAAAUGUCCAAAAUUAAUGGUGACAAUUUAUGUUCCAAAAUGUCUGAAUUUUGAUGCUUUUACUGGUGUUUUUUUUUUUUUACAAUAUUAAAUAUUCAGAAAAAAAUAGUUUUAUUUUAUCAAAAAAACUAGUUUAAUAGUCAUAAAAUCAUAAAAAUCAUAAAUACAUUUUAAAAAUAAAUUGUAUUAAUUCUUCAUUAAAUUAUACUAUGAAUAUACAAAUUGCUUAAAAGUAUACUAGCUGUCUUGCCCGGGCCAAAUUAUGUUUAAUGAAAACAAUUCCCUCCUAGAUUUCUUAUUUUAAUCUCCGUCACUAUUACCACAGUUAACCGUUGUUGUUCUUAAAUGUUUAAAAAUUAAUUUUCUUUAUUUUUAUUUUUAAACUUAUAUAAAUUAGCUAUAUGUUUGCUAAGCAAUGAAGAAUAUCUGAUAAUUUUUUUUUUAUCCAGCCUUAACUACUGCAGGUUAAGUUGUCUACUACUUCUAUAGAAGUAUACUGGUUAGACCGAUGUUUUCAAUAGUUUAAAAUCUUCUCAACGGUGUACAUCAUUUAAAAAAAAAAAACAACGAUUGGAUGAGUAGUUUCCAAAGAUUAUCUCGGCCAUCAAAUGGCACUUUGUUUUUUCUGUAUUAAAAUCUUCUAUAUUUGAUGAAAUUGCUUCAAAAGCACUCUUGAAGUUGUCCAUGUAAGGAUUGUGACAAAUAUUGCAAGUUGUAUAAUAAUUCUCGAUAAUGACAUAGAUAAUGAAGACUGUACUGUUUCCAUUAUAGGAAAUUAUAAUUGGAAAGAAACCAUAGAUACCAUAGAUACCAUUCCAGUACAGCUCAUAGUUUUUUUUUUUUUUUUAUCCUUGUAACUAAGGUUUAUUGGUACAUAAUUUACACAUUUAUUUUAAUGAAUUAUUUCUAACUUUAUCGGACUAAAUUUAGGCCUAAAACUUGCUCUGUGAUGUUUUAUUUAAUUUAAAAAAACAACAUGACAAUCGAAUAAGUAGUUUCGAAGCCAACCCAUAUCAAAGUUUCUAUUUUCACUUUUAUAUAUAUAUAUAGAUUUUAAUAGAUUUAUUAUUUACGUAUUAUUUGUUUCAAAAAUUAAAAUUUUUCAUUAUAUAAUUAUAUAAUUGGGCCUUAAAAUUACAUUUUAUUACAUAAAAUGUAAUGCACAUGUCUUCAUAAUUAUUUUUAUUUAUAUUAAUUACUAUAGAUACCAUAGAUGCAUUUAGACCAACCUUUUAAAUUUGUUUUUAAUUCAUCUGUGUUACUAAGGUAAUACAUAAAAUUUAAUAAGAAUUAAGAAUAAUUAAGAAUUUAAUAAUGCUUAAAAAUCGAAUUUUAGGCGAUGGUUUUCAAUAGGGGUGGAUUUCAGUAGCUAUAAUUUCUUCUCAAGACAACGUGGAUCAUUUUGCAAAAAUCACGUAAAAGUUGAUCCAGUAGUUUUUGAGAUAAGCUGUUACAAAAAUUUACAUGACGUUACAAUUUCACAUUUAUAUAUAUAUACUAGCUGUCCUGCGCCCGGUGUUGCCUGUGCCAAUUUAUCCAUAUUCAUUUUUGGUUUACCGUGUAAGAAUUGAAUGAAAACAAAUAGGUGGAAAGUGGGUAGUCCACCUUUGGCGGACUAAAUAUGUUCUGUUGUGAAAAUUUAAUAGUGUAAAUAAUAGUAAUAAUAAUAAACAAAAAUAAAUAAAUAACUAAUUAGAUAUUCGCACCAAAUAUACCUAAAAACCCCUAUUUUACCCCUUAAGGGUUGAAUUUUCAAAAAUUCUCUUUUAGCGGAUGCGUACAUUAUAAUAGCUAUCUGUAUGCCACAUUUCAGACUGAUCCAUCUAGUAGUAUGUGCUAGGCAAUGGUGAAUCAGUCAGUCAGGACAUGUUAUAAAAUAUGCAUAAAAUAUAGAUAUGGCACAUAGAUCUUUAUAAUUAUUGAGUUAUAAAUGGUGUAGCUAACCCAACUGUUUUAUUUAUACAGAUAUAUCUACUUUUGUGUAGUUUAAACAUACAUAUUUCUGAAAAAUUAUCUUUAGAUCGGUAACCACUGGUAACUAUCAAUAACCAUGUGACUGCCUUUUAUUUUUUUAAAAUUAUUAUGAAUAUAAUUAGGUGACUACUUUUUAAAUUAUAAAUAAUUGAAAUAUUACUUUUUGAUUGUUUUAUAUAGCCUGGAGGAUCUUUAUUUAUUACAACUCCAAAUAGAACUUUGUCUUCGUGGUUAAGUGUAAUAAUAAUAGGUGAAACAUUCAAUUUUAUACCAAAAGGUACUCAUGAAUGGGAAAAAUUUAUUUGCCCACACGAACUGCAGUCUAUUUUAGAAAUGAAUUGUAAGUAUAAAAUCUAUUUAUUAUUUCUUUUAAAUAACUUAAUAGCUAAUUUUCAUUUUUAUUCUGUAAUUAUAUAAAUCUAAGUUUUGUGAGACUUUGUAUGGUACAAUUAAAAUUCUUAUAAAAUAAGUUAACUUAUUAUUCUAUCAUUGGAUAGCCUCCCUUCUUAUGUUCGUCAUAAAAAAAAAAAAAUCUCAUUUACUUUUUGUGCUAAAUUAUUUAUUUAGUUUAAUUUAAUCAAAAUAUACUUUUAAAUAUAUACUUAUAUAAUAUAAGUAAAAAUAUACUGCCGCUCAUGAGAUAAAGAACUCAUUUCGCAUAUGCAUCUGACAGUGACAGUGCUACACGACGUUCGACGUCUCGAGGUACUGUUUCCCCUACUCAUACUGUCUGAGCGGCAGCAUACUGUCGCCUGUGUGAACUCUGACUAGUUUUGAUCAAGGCACAGGUUCCUUCUCUCGUGGGCCACAGUAUAGAUUGUAAAUAUUCAAUAAAAAAAAAACCUUAUGAUUGUUCAUAUCAAGUCAAAAAGAAUUACUAUUUAAUAAUCAAUUUAAUUUGUAUUUACAGGUAAGUGUGAUACUAUUUCAAUUAAUGGAUUAUCGUAUGAACCUUUUACAAACCAUUGGUGUUGGACUAAUUUGACUGAUGUAUCUUAUGCGAUACACGCAGUAAAAAACAAUAGCACUAUAUAGGUGAUUAUCACAAUAUAUAAUUGUAUAUUAUUUGUAAAUAUAUUUAUUGAACAGAAUUAAAUAUUAAUAUAUAAAAAAUAAUUGUUAUUUAUGUAUUGAUAAAACAAUUACCUAUUAUAUGAAAGUUAUUCAAAUUUUAAAUUUAUAUAGUUUUUUCAAAGUUAAAAUAUAUGUGUUUAGUUAGAAAUUAAAAUAGGAUUAUUUUGAUUUGUUAAAUUUCAAGAACCACCAAAAUAAUAAGCAAACAUUUUGCAAACAAAAAACUAAUAAUACCUAAUAUCACCAUUCAGGCAUGUAUUCAGGAUUUUUUUUUAGGGGGGGGGUCCAAAAAUAAAAUUUAUUACCAACUACCAAUAAUAUGAUUUUUUGAGAAGAAGUUUAAAUUUUGGGUUGGGAAGAGUCCAGACUCCAUGGACUCCUCUCCCUAACUACGUGCCUGCCACCAUUCAGUAUUUAACUAGUAUAGACAACAAAUUUUAGAAAAAUACUAUUUAUUCAAUCCAUAAACUUAAACCCAAGAUUUAGUAUAUUUACUUUUAAUCUUUAUGUAUUUUAAUAUUAUUAAUACAUUACUUAAGUUUUGUUUUUCAAUUGAAGUAUUAUUAUUGCAUUACUUGGAACAGAAAAAGUAAAUAAUAUUAAUAUUUAAAUUGAGAACCAAACUAUAAAAUUUAAAAAAAAUAUGUUCAAGG